CGUGUUUCAGCUAGGGCGCCGCGCGUGAGCUUAGAAGCUACGCGGGGUUGUUGGGUGUCCCGGGAGCUCAAGGCGCGCGCUUUCUUUUUGGCGUUCGCCGCUGAACGUCUUGUGUCCUUUCCGCCCUUUCGGGGAGGGGGAAAGCAGAGCUCCUUCACGAGCUGGGGCCCGUGAAGGAGAAGGGAGCCAGCGGGGGACUCUGGAGUGCCUGAGGGAAGGGCUGCGGCCCGGAAGAGGGGAGGAGAAGAGAGGGUUCCUGUAGGCAGAGUCCGCACGCGCUGGGAUCAGGGCUGGUCCCGAGAAGGGCCUGGGGCGGCCGCGCUAUGUUUGGGGCCCGAUGCCUGCUCCGAGCCCUGCGUUCCUGUUCCUCGGCUCCCUGCCCAAGGCACAAACCUUCAGCCAAACUGAGCGUGCGGGACGCUCUCGGGGCCCAGAACGCAAGUGGGGAGCUCGUUAAGGUCCAGGGAUGGAUUCGUUCAGUCCGAUCCCAGAAGGAAGUCUUGUUCCUGCAUGUAAAUGAUGGGUCAUCUUUGGAAAGCCUUCAGGUUGUAGCAGAUUCAAGCUUUGACAGUAGAGAACUGGCCUUUGGGAGUUCUGUGGAAGUUCAAGGGCAGCUGGUAAAAAGUUUGUCCAAAAGGCAAAAUGUGGAACUGAAGGCAGAAAAAAUUGAAGUUGUUGGAAAUUGUGAUGCCAAGGCUUUCCCUUUUAAAUAUAAAGAGAGGCAUCCUCUGGAGUAUCUGAGACAAUACCCUCACCUUAGGUGUAGGACUAAUGUUCUGGGUUCUAUACUGAGGGUUCGCAGUGAAGCCACAGCUGCUAUCCAUUCUUUCUUUAAGGACAGUGGCUUUGUGCAUAUUCAUACUCCAGUAAUCACAUCCAAUGACUGUGAGGGGGCUGGAGAACUUUUUCAAGUUGAACCUUCAAGCAAAAUAAAGGUACCUGAGGAGAAUUUCUUCAAUGUUCCUGUUUUCUUAACUGUCUCAGGACAACUUCAUCUAGAAGUGAUGUCAGGAGCUUUUACUCAAGUGUUUACCUUUGGUCCAACAUUCCGAGCAGAGAAUUCUCAGAGCCGGAGACACCUGGCAGAGUUUUAUAUGGUAGAAGCAGAGAUUUCUUUUCUUGAGAGCCUUCAAGAUCUCAUGCAGGUUAUGGAGGGCCUCUUCAAGACUACAACAAUGACAGUUCUCUCAAAUUGUCCUGAAGAUGUUGAACUCUGUCACAAAUUCAUAGCUCCUGGACAAAAGGACAGAUUAGAACAUAUACUAAAAAACAACUUUCUAAUCAUUUCUUAUACUGAGGCAGUGGAGAUCUUAAAGCAGGCAUCCCAGAACUUCACCUUCACUCCAGAGUGGGGUGCUGAUCUACACACUGAACAUGAAAAGUACCUGGUGAAGCACUGUGGCGACAUACCAGUCUUUGUCAUUAAUUAUCCAUUAGCACUCAAGCCCUUCUACAUGAGGGAUAAUGAAGACAGCCCUCAGCACACAUUGCCUUCUUUAGGAAAUCAAGAGAGAACUACAGGGGAAUGUGUAACCUACGCUUGUAACAUUUGGCCAGAGGUUGCUGCUGUUGAUCUUCUGGUUCCUGGAGUUGGAGAACUCUUUGGGGGAAGCCUCAGAGAAGAACGAUACCAUUUCUUAGAGCAGCAAUUAGCCAGGUCAGGACUAACAGAAGCCUACCAAUGGUAUCUGGACCUCCGUCGAUUUGGAUCUGUGCCACAUGGAGGUUUUGGGAUGGGAUUUGAACGCUAUCUGCAGUGCAUCUUGGGAAUUGACAAUAUCAAAGAUGUUAUCCCUUUUCCAAGAUUUACUCAUUCGUGUCUUUUGUAGCUGAAGACUGCUUAAGGAAAACCACCCUGUGCCAGAGGUACUGCACAUGAAUAUACAAACAGGGGAAUGCAUGUUUGAACUGUACAAAUGCAGAAGUUUUCAAUAUGUAAUUGUCAUGCCAGAAGAUACAUGAAAGAUACAUGUGAUCAUGAUUGUCAUUGAAAGUUGAAGGCAUUUCAUGGAAAGAUGAACUCCAUCAAGAAGAGGUACUGGGCGUCCCUGGUGGCGCAGUGGUUGAGAGUCCACCUGCUGAUGCAGGGGACACGGGUUCGUGCCCUGGUCCGGGAAGAUCCCACAUGCCACAGAGCGGCUGGGCCCAUGAGCCAUGGCCGCUGAGCCUGCGCGUCUGGAGCCUGUGCUCCGCAGCAGGAGAGGCCACAACAGUGAGAGGCCCGCGUACCGCAAAAAAAAAGAAAAAAAAAAGAGGUACUUACAGCAGAUAGAAUCUCAAAGCUAUUAGCUAUUGUGUCAAUUAAGAAAAAAAUGAAGAAAUUGAACUAGAUGAUCUCAAAGGUACUUUCAAACUCUAGGACAGGUUGAAAUUGUGUAUUUUACUUCUUCAAGAUUUUUUUUUUGAUGUGGACCAUUUUUUAAAGUCUUUAUUGAAUUUGUUACAAUAUUGCUUCUGUUCUAUGCUUUGGCCCUUUGACCGCAAGCCAUGUGGGAUCCCAGCUCCCCGAUCAGGGAUCGAACCCUCACCCUGCGCACUGGAAGGCAAAGUCUCAACCACUGGACCGCCAGGAAGUCCCGAAAUUGUGUAUUUUACUUUGUCUUUAAUCAGUAGACCACUGCCCUCUGUGACCUUUGAGAAGCAACUACUAGCUAAAAAUAAAAUGUUGUUGGAUCUUUUCUCCCUUCCCAUUUAA